AUGGCACCCGAUCUUGCUCAGCUAUCAGCAUGGCGCACACAGGGUUAUGCAGACAACGGCGUUCCCAGAGAUCCAGCCUACAGCAUACCUGAUAUUGUCUACGGCUCUCCCAUGACUCGGAAGAUUCGGGUCAUCAACAUUGGCGCAGGCGUGUCUGGUAUACAAAAUGCAUACCUGUUCCAGAAAUACGCCGCCAACAUUGAUUUCAAAAUUUAUGACAAGAACCAUGACAUUGGAGGUACAUGGUUGGAGAAUCGUUAUCCAGGAUGUGCCAAUGAUGUGCCUAGUCACGCAUACGCCUUUUCAUUUGCCUUGAACCCUGAUUGGCCUCGCUGGUUCUCUCAUUCUCCUGACAUCUGGAAGUAUCUAGACACGGUCUGCGAAGUGUUUCGAUUGCGCAAAUACAUGACGUUCAAGACCAAGAUUGUGGGGUGUUAUUGGCAGCACGAACAGGGGGAGUGGCUGGUAAAGAUGGAACAAACAAGGCAAGACGGCUCGGUGAUCGAGAUCGAGGACCGCUGCAACCUGCUGUUGAACGGAACAGGUAUUCUGAAUAAAUGGAGAUGGCCAGAUAUUCCAGGUCUAAAAGACUUCAAAGGCAAGGUCAUUCACACAGCCAACUGGCCAAAAGACUACCAAAGCGAACAAUGGGCACAAGAACGUGUUGCCAUAAUCGGCUCAGGUGCAUCCGCAAUCCAGGUACUGCCGUCCAUGCAGCCCAAGGUGAAACAUAUUGAUACGUUCAUCCGAUCAGGAACGUGGUUUGUGGAUUUGGCCGGGAACAAACAAAACAAUCGCGAGUACACAAAUGAAGAAAAGCAGCAAUUCCAUGGCAGCGCAGAACACCUGGUCUCUCAUGCCAAAAAUAUCGAGAAUCAGCUCAACAGCGCCUGGGGAAUGUUCUUCAAGAACUCCAAGACACAGCUCGAAAAACAAGAGGUUGUUAGAGCAGAAAUGGCCGAGGCGAUCACGGACAAGAGAAUUCUCGAAGGGUUUCUGCCUUCUUGGCCCAUAGGCUGCCGUCGCGCUACUCCUGGCGACCCCUAUAUGCGGGCUCUGUGUAAGGACAACGUCUCUGUGCAUUUCACAGAAGCCGCUCGGAUUACUGACACUGGCGUCGUGGGUGGCGAUGGCAUCGAGAGGAAAUGCGACACGAUCAUCUGUGCAACGGGCUUCGACGUAUCCCAUCGUCCUCAGUUCCCAAUUAUUGGUCUCAAUGGAAUCGACCUCAGGGACAAAUGGGCAAAGGUACCGGAAUCAUAUAUCGGGAUCGGUAUUCCAGAUUUCCCGAACUACAUGAUGUUCAUCGGACCAACAUGGCCCGUCGAGAACGGAUCCGUUCUUGGCCCACUGCUGCUUGUGGGCGAGUACGCUUUGCAAGUCGCUCGAAAACUACAAACCGAGUAUAUUCGCUCGCUGACGCCCAAACAAUCUGUGACGGAUGCCUUCAAUGCACAUGCCCAAGAAUGGGUCCGCCACACAGUCUGGACAGACGAUUGUCAUUCUUGGUACAAGAAUAACGAGACCGGGCGUGUCAAUGCAAUUUGGCCCGGGUCUUCGCUCCAUUACAUGGCUGUGAUCCGCACCCCGCGCUACGAAGACUACGAUAUCACUUAUCUGGGACCGGGCGAGCAGAACAUGUGGGCGCAUUUGGGCAUGGGCGCCAAUGAUCAGGUGGUCGAGGGUAGGGACUGGAGUCCAUACCUUCGCACGGACGCCUUGGACCCGGACUGGAUCAAAGCAAUGAACAUCGCGCCGCCAAAGUCGGACGUGCGGUCUUCAGGACAGCAAGAGGCACAACAGAACGGUGGUGAUUAUGCCACAGCGAAUGGGAGUGCGAACGGGUUGACCAAUGGCCAUAUUUGA